AUGCUGAGUAGACGACUACUUGUCGUUGGACGCGCCUUGCGUGGAUUCGCGACUACAUCGUCAGCGCCGGAGGCGGAAGCGACAAAUGAUGUUGACGCCUCUACACAGAGCAGAGUGCAUUCUAAGGAUAUUUCUGCCAUGCGCUCGCGUCAUCGAGUGGUAGCUGCCGGGGGUAUCCCACCCAUGGAAUACGAAUGGGAACGUGAUAGACAUUCUUUGCAACAACGAUUUGGCACCUACGGUCUGGAGAGCGGCGUAGAUGUCCGCCAAUGCUGGCCGACGUUGGAGGAAAUUGAGGAAGAACGUGCGAUAGGCUUCUAUCGGGAAUACAAGGAUGUGCUGCGCGAAGUCGAAAAAAACAAAUUGGAAAAGCAGAAACAGGAUGCCCUGCGGCUGGCCGAAUUGGAGCGAAAUGAAAAGAAGUAUCCUGAGAUUCUGGCUAAAUAUCAGGCCAGUCAAGUCAAGAAGGAGCGCGAGAAAGAUGAAAAGGAAGUGGUUUUGGAAAAGAAAAUUCGAGAAAUCCAGGAAUACUUUGGAUAUUGGAUCGACCCCAAGGACCCACGCUUCGAAGUGAUGUUUAACCAAAAGGAGGAAGAAGAGAAGAAAGCGGAAAAGCUAGCCAAGCGCCUGGAAAAACAAAAGAAGACGAUCGCCGAAGUGCUU